AUGGGAGUGAACAAUGGAUCGGCUAUUUUGGAAGAAGAACAACAGGAAACGUCUACAGACCAAAGCUUGUUCAGUCACUACAGACAGCUGGCUCAUUACUUCUCUCUGCUCUGCUUUCUGCUCACCAUCAUCACUCUGUUCCAGACUUUCUGCUUGGUUCAGAUCACCUUGAUGUUCCAGUCACAGUCAAUCCUGCAGGAAACCAAACUAAGAGAUCUGACAAACAGACUGGAGAAGCUCAACCAGUCGUAUCGCCUCCUGUUCUCCCAGUAUCCAGCUCUGAACGAGUACUGCCCAGUCAGCAACUCCACCACCAGUGAGAGAGUGUGCAGACCAUGUCAAGCCGGCUGGACACAUCAGGGAGAGAAAUGUUUCCUCUUCAGUCAAGACAGAGCGGACUGGAUCAGCAGCCAGUACCAUUGUCUGGCACUAGGCGGCGCUGUGGCCACAGUUAGAACAGAGGAGGAGCAGGUGUUUCUGUGGAAAAAGGCUCAGAGUCUGAGCCAUGGAGACUCGUACUGGCUGGGCCUGAGGAGCAGUGGUGGUGACAGGGGCUGGCAGUGGAGUGACGGCUCCCCGGUGGAAAAGGGACCCAAGUUUUGGGAGCGUGAGCCUGAUCAAACAGACAGCAGGGAGCUGUGUGGUCGACUCGCCCCAGGAGACGACUACAGGAGGAGCUGGUUCACUUACAGAUGUUCCAACCUUCUCAGGAGGAUCUGUGAAAGGAGACAAGCUACUCUACAGUGA